UGUCAGAAUCGGUGAACGUCUUAUUGAAAUAUUGUGUAUAGGGAGGGUAAAAGAGAAGCCGUAUAAUUUCUUGAAUUUACAAAAAUAAACCACACCGUUACAUAGUACACAUUUGUACAAGCAAAACUACAAAAAUGGAAAAACUUCAUGAAUAUCAAGGAAUAACAGGUCGAAUACAUCAAUGGAGAGACAAUAUAAAAGAAAGUUAUGGUAAAAAUAAUUCCGCCAGCUUUCUAGAAAAAGUAAAAAAUUCAAUCGGAGAUCAAUUGAAAGGUAACGCAAGUGCAAAUGCGGACUACUCCCAUAUUUAUAGACACAAAACCCGAGCUGAGCUUGUCCGCGUGUCUGCUGCCGUUAUGGGUAUUGAGUUUUCAUACGCUGCAGAAACGGCUUUUGUGUCGCCAACGUUACUGAAAAUCGGCGUGGAACACCAGCAUAUGACGUUAGUAUGGGCUCUAUCACCUUUGGUUGGCUUUUUUUUGUGCCCGAUAUUGGGUUCUCUUUCAGAUCGUUGCAAAUUAAAUGUUGGACGCCGACGACCGUUCAUAAUUCUUUUGUCUGUCGGGGUAUUAUUAGGAUUAAUUUUAGUUCCAAAUGGAGAAAAUUUGGGAUACUGGUUUGGCGAUAUCGAUCAACAUGAACAAGCUGCUGCAACUAAUACGACGUACAAUAUUACCUAUAACUAUUUAAACAUAAUUCCUCACAAAGUAACUGCAUCUAAAUCCGAAAAUGAAGGUAUUCAGAAAACCUCUCAUCCAUGGGGAAUUUUCUUCACUGUGCUAGGCACUGUUCUACUUGAUUUUGAUGCGGAUGCCUGCCAAAGCCCAUCUAGAGCAUACCUGUUGGAUGUGUGUAUUCCGGAAGACCAUGCCAGAGGUCUUUCUACUUUCACUAUAAUGGCUGGCUUAGGCGGUUUUUUUGGCUAUUCAAUGGGUGGCUUGAACUGGGAUGAGACAGAAAUCGGAAGACGUCUAGGAGGACAUGUGAAAGCUGUUUUUACGAUUAUUACGUUUAUUUUUAUCACAUGUGUUUCAUUUUCGAUCUCGAGCUUUACGGAAAUUCCUCUUUGGGUGCUUUCAAACCCAAAAUCGAAAAUGUCCUCAAGUGAGAAGUCCCAUUUAGAUGAUUGCUCGUCUACGAAUUAUGGAGCAAUGAAUAAUGAUGAUGACAUAAAUCAUGAAAAUAUUGAGAAGAUUCCAUCAGAACCAACUUUCACAAAAAACGAAAAUAUCGGAGAAACUUCAUUCACAGAAAAUCAGAAUCCAAUGAUGUCAACAAUAGAAUGUCCAUCCGACAGUAAUGAAGAAGUACAAUCCCUUCUACACUAUUUACUGUCUAUUGUAUACAUGCCCUACUCGCUGCGCAUAGUUUGUCUCACAAACUUGUUUUGUUGGAUGUCACAUGUAUGCUAUUCCCUUUAUUUCACCGACUUUGUAGGAGAGGCUGUUUUUAACGGAGAUCCUCGUGCAAUCGAAGGAACAAUACCACAACGGAAAUACGAAGAAGGUGUUCGUUUUGGAUGUUGGGGUAUGGCAAUGUAUUCGCUGUCCUGUGCUUGCUACUCCAUGGUUAUAGAUAAACUUAUUCAAAGAUUCAGAGCCAAAUCUGUAUAUAUUGGAGGUCUUCUUUUUUAUUGCCUUGGAAUGACUUUGAUGGCAUUAACCCGAACCAAAUUAAGUGUAAUUCUAUUUAGUUGGACCGCUGGAGUAAUGUAUUCAACGCUCUUUACAAUGCCUUACCUACUGGUGGCACAUUAUCAUUCCCUAAAGACAUUUGAAUUAGACGAAAGCGGAUGUGCCAAAAUGGGAUCAGAAGUACGUGGCUUGGGUACCGAUGUCGCAAUAAUUAGCAGCAUGGUCUUUUUGGCCCAAUUCUUAUUGUCGAUAUGCAUGGGCACAAUUGUCAAAUUGGCUGGAACAACAACAGCUGUUAUCACCACAGCCAGUUUUUUAAGCUUCUGCGCAGCUUUGACAGCAUCGAAAAUUAUAUAUCUUGAUCUGUAAAUUUUUUUGAAAUAUUUAAAUCAUUUGUUGAUAAUAUUACAGCUUGGUUUGAAAACAUUUAAAAUUUCCUACCAUAGUAAAAAUGAGAAAAAAAAUUAACCGCAGUAUUAAACCUAUUA